AAACACGCCUUCACCCGAAUCAACCCACAGCCCUCUCGAAAGGUCGCAUCUCUACUUUUAAGUUUCAACACGCACGACUACCACGUCGACCUUGCUUAGAGACAUCUGUGUUCCCGGGGAUUAUGGAGUCGGGAAAGAGGAAACAACCGGAGGAUGGCGACAUUAACGUGACGACAGAGAAGGAGGUGACCGAGGAAGAGGUUGAGGAGUUCUUCGCUAUACUCCGAAGGAUACACGUUGCAGUAAAGUACUUCGAGAACAGUAACGGCCGAGGGAUGGCAGCCAAAAGAUGGAAGCCGUCGUUUGAAAGGGAAGAUUUCCAGGUCGAAGCUAACGACGUUAAAAUUGGAAAGAAGAAAAAGGAGAAGGAGGAGGGCGUGGAAGAGAACAAGGGUUUAGAUCUUAACGUGGGUCCUGAAACGGAAGACAGUUCCGUUUAGAUGAUCAGGAACCAGUAGACACUCUAAACAUGUACGGUAGUAACAGGAAGAUGACCUGGCCCAAUUAUCGUGAGUUGAUGUUAAUCAGUUUUAUCAGUAGUUUCUUUCUAGGACCUGACCCAAUUCCGUCAGACUGAGAGCUGAUCCAAUUUCAAUCCGAUUUCUUCUAGGAACUCUAUAUUGUCAGCCAUUGCGGCCUAACAUGAUUGUAUUGUCCGUCAUACUUUCAAAAAAGGUAUAAGAACCUAAAACCCAGAAAAUAUUUGGUGGGUAUACACAUCCUAAUCACCAACUAACAACCAGAAUAUGUAUUAAGAUCAUUUCAUCUUACGAUCAGUUGAACUGGGAUUUUCCUGUUGCUGAUCCAUGGCCACAAAAUAAGAACAUACGUUCAUCUUUGAAAUCGAACGAAUUUCAAGAAUUCUAUUGUGAUUCGACUUGUUACUGAUUCAUGGCCACAAAACGGGGUUCCUUCACCAUAGUACCGUUGGUGAUUUUUGCGAAGUUCCAAAAAGAAGUGCACUUUAUACCCUGGUAUCUAUUAUCUAUUGUAUCGCCUUCAAUUCAAAAGCAUGAAGAAUGAAGCCGGCCGAAUCGAGAUAAAAGAUUGUUAUUCGUUUCUGAAAUUCAACGGCUGUAGUUUAAUCUUGCUGGUGAACAAUUGUAAGGUUCUCACGGAUUUGUUUAAGGACAUUGUGAAGAUCUGGGCUGUACUAAUGUGAAGAAUUGGAAGAAGGAAUCACGCAAUCAAAUGAGAUAUGGCAACCACGUGCCAAUACAUGGAGUAUUAUUCUUUUUUUUAAUUGUUUUAAUUAUUAUAAUGUGACGAGGCAGGCAAGUUAGGCUGCGGAAGGGAGGCAAAAAGGUUUAAUUAUUUUUCUAAUCAUGUGUUUUCUACAUUAUUGUAUCGUGAGAUGAUGGGGAUUUUUUUUAUUGAGAGAAGGAGAGCAUUAUUUU